AUGGAUAUCGUUCUAGAUAUUCUUGACACUUAUGUCUUUGAUCGAUGCUAUGCAUCACUCUUACCGGAUCCAUCAUUCGGAAACUCCACCUUGGACUUCAAACCACCAGUCAAUCAACAUGUUGGCGUAUAUUAUCCAUUGCAAGCAUCCGACCUGGCCUACGCAAGUCUAUGGAAGCGAGAUGAUAUUCUCAGACAAGGAGUAUCAUUCUUCUUAAUUGCAUUAAUCUUCGCCUGGGCAUUAUACCUCACCGGCAGCUUCGUCCUCUACCACACAAUCUUCGACAAGAGAAUGAUGCAGCACCCUCGCUUCCUCAAAAACCAAGUCGCCCAGGAAAUCGCCCAAGGCCUCUCCUCCAUCCCAGUGAUAUCCCUCCUCACAGCCCCCUUCUUCGUCGCCGAAAUCAGAGGUUUCUCGAAACUAUACGAUUUCAGCAGUGAGUCUCCCUUCUGGGGUUACACGCUUCUGCAGUAUCCGCUCUUCAUUCUGUUCACCGAUAGCGGCAUCUACUGGAUUCAUCGUGGUUUGCACCACCCGUGGGUGUAUCGCUGGUGCCAUAAGCCGCAUCACAAAUGGGUGGUGCCGACGCCAUAUGCUAGUUAUGCGUUUCACCCGUUGGAUGGGUGGGCACAGAGUUUGCCAUAUCACGUCUUCCCGCUUCUUUUCCCGUUGCAGAAGUGUGCUUAUCUGGGAUUGUUCAUGUUUGUUACUUUGUGGACUGUUUUGAUUCAUGAUGCCGAGUAUUUGUCUACUUCGAAGAUUAUCAAUGGUGCGGCGUGCCAUACGAUGCAUCAUUUGCACUUCAAUUAUAACUAUGGGCAAUAUAUUACGCUGUGGGAUCGCCUUGGAGGAACGUACCGCACACCCGAAGAAGAUGCGUUCAAAAUCAAGCAGAAUGAGGAGGAGAAGGCUGCAAAGGCUUUGGAGAGUGCCAAGAAAAAUAUUUGA